GAGCGAGUUGGAGGUAAACGGGAAGCAGGAACAGAGAAGGGAAGAAGAAGCGUCUCAUGAUGAGACCGCCGCUGCUGCGCUCUUCAUUGGGCCGCUUGGUGACCAUUUUCGGCUCGUUUUCUGCUUCUCGAAACAAACUGGUGACACAAGCAGCAGCCGUGCCUCAUCUGUUUUAUUUCAGAAAAAACAUGCACUAUCAAACGGAGGAGAGAGGACACCCACAUUCUCCAGACUACCGGAUUUAUUUUAAAACAAAAGAAGGGAAAUACAUUUCACCAUUUCAUGACAUUCCACAUCAAGCAGAGAAGGAAAAGGAUGAUGGUGUGCCAGCUAAAAAGCCAAAACAGAAUGAGAGUGAGGUGCUUUUUAACAUGGUAGUAGAGGUACCUCGGUGGUCAAAUGCUAAAAUGGAGAUUGCAACAAAGGAACCGCUGAACCCGAUCAAGCAAGAUGUUAAGAAAGGAAAGCUUCGGUAUGUUGCAAACAUAUUUCCCCAUAAAGGCUACAUUUGGAAUUAUGGGGCUAUUCCACAGACAUGGGAGGACCCAAACCACACAGAUGAAGAGACAAAGUGUUGUGGUGACAACGAUCCAAUUGACGUUUGUGAGAUCGGCACCCUGGUGUGCUCUCCAGGUCAGGUGAUCCAAGUAAAAGUGCUUGGUAUUUUGGCCAUGAUAGACGAGGGAGAAAUGGACUGGAAAGUCAUCGCUAUCAAUGCUGAGGACCCGGAUGCCAUGAACUUAAAUAACAUAGAGGAUGUUCGCAAGAGCCGGCCUGGUCAUUUAGAAGCCACUGUCGACUGGUUUAGGAAGUAUAAGGUGCCCGAUGGAAAGCCUGAGAACCAAUUUGGAUUUAAUGGGCAAUUCAAAGACAAGGACUUUGCAGUUAAGAUCAUUAAGUCCACACAUGAGCACUGGAGGGCACUAGUGCAGAAGCAGACAAAUGGUGCAGGGAUUGAAUGCAUAAAUACCUCCUGCUGCGAGAGCCCUUUCAACUGUAGUUCAGAAGAGGCCAUCGGUGUGGUCAAAUCGGCCCCUACAUUUGGAAGCUCACACACUGUGUCUCCAGAGGUGGACAAGUGGUACUUUGUCUGAAGGCCUAAAGACAUUAUUGAAACCAACACAACUCCUCCAGCAUAUGGAGCAGUUGCAUCUUUUGCAUGCAGCUGGAUUACAUUUUGGUAAGCACUCCUCCUCAGGUGUGUAAAGUGCCAUCUGUGGUCUCCAUCCAAGAAUUUAGAAAAUAUGCUAAUACCCAGUAUGUUGUCAAUAUGAAAUGGUAGAGAUCUCUGCUUUGUAGAGUGAGAUUUUCUGGAUCUCAUGUUGACCACCAAAUUGAUUAAUUGUUGAUUAUAUUAAUUUAAGGUCAGUGGUAAACCCUCACCUCUCUACUAAAUUGGAAAAAUAUUGUAUAUGUGUUGAUGUUCUUUUGGGGCCCAUGUUCAAGGUUAUUUUUUCUUGUAUGACACUGAAAACUGUGUUAAUAUGUCUAUAAUUUGCCUUUAAAACUGUAAUGACUUAAAGCGUGCGAUCACUAACAAGAAAUUUUGUAAAAAGAAUAAAAAAGGCUUUUCUGUAUGGGUAAAUAAAAAAUAAACAUGUGAACAUGAAA